ACACACACACACACGCACAUAUUCAUACAUAUAUACACACACAUGAUGAAGUAAUAAACAUACAUAAUUGAAACCCUUUCAGUCUCCUAAACCUUAGCCUUAGCCUGGUGGAGGACAUGAUCACAAGUUUGCUUAAUUUGUCUCAAUUUUAAUCCUCAUUUGUCAUCUAUAACUUCACAUACACAGUACAGUGAAGAGGUACGAGGAAGAGUUGGAAGAUGGGAGUUUCAGGGACUCUGGAGUACUUGUCUGAUUUGCUCGCCGGCAGCGGCAAGAAGAAGAAGAAAAAGCAGCUGAAUACUGUUGCUGUGAAGAUCAGAAUGGACUGCGAAGGCUGUGCGCUUAAAGUCAAGAAAGCACUCUCCGGGGUUAAAGGAGCAAAAUCAGUGGACGUGGACUUGAAACAGCAGAAGGCAACGGUGUACGGCUAUGUGGACGCCAAGAAAGUGCUGAAAGCAGCUCAGGCCACCGGCAAGAAAGUAGAGCUGUGGUCGUAUCACCCCUACGUCGCCGGCGUUUACGACAAGAAGGCGCCGCCCAACUUUGUACGCGCCACCAAUGAUCCGGCCGUGGUGGCUCUCAAUCCUGUGGAAGAGCAGUAUACCCUGAUGUUCAGCGAUGAAAAUCCGAAUGCCUGCUCUGUCAUGUAGAUAUUAAUUUUCAUCACUGUGUGUGCCUGUUUUUUUGGAUUUUGUACGUCGAGCAAUAUUAUAUGUUAUCAGUUGCUGUUCGCCUUUUCUUCUCUUUUU